AUGCCAGAAUUUGCCGAAGUUGCCGAUGGUUGCAGGUCUUUUGUGUCCAGCUACUUUUCAUGCGGCUUCACCAAAGAGAUGCAUCUUCUCGAUCGGCUUGAGAGUCCUGAUGAUGGCAUAGGGCGCUUUCUGCUUGUGUGCAUACUCGCCCUGGCAGCACCCUUUACGGAGUCUCUUAUCCGCAGGUAUGAUGGCGCACUGCGUGCGUCAGAAUUUUUCGCUGCACAAGCUCGCGCCCUUGCCCUCCGCGAACAGUAUAGCCCGAACAUUGAGAACACACAGGCCUUCUUCUUGCUGGGGAUAUACGAAUGGGCCCAUGGUUGCGGACAGUUGGGUUGGAUGCAAAUGGGAAUCGCAGUACGGAUGGCAGGUAUCCUGAAGCUGCAUCGCGAAUCGACCUACGACUUGCCGGACAGCGCUACUGCUGAAGAGCGCAUAGCAUCCGAAUCCGCUCGAAGGACUUGUCUCUUCAUGGAUUCAAAGUCUCGUGCUGAUCGUGUUGUGCUGCAGCUCAUGAUCAACACCUCGCUUCCGGAACCGCACGUCCCAGAUCAUUCGACCUAUCAGAUAUCAGUGUGCGUCUUCCGUGUAGUGAAGAAGACUUCAGCUUCGGCCAAAAGCCUGCACAACGCGCGGUUCUGGCAAACACGAGAGCGGCCGAAGGUAAUGAGCAUCUGGAGACAACGCCGCACCGGUCGCUUUACGCCACAAUUAUCCAAGGUGACUCUCUUACGCAACCGUCCUGCCGUUUGGCCGCUGAAGUCUGUUCCAGGCGAUAAUCUCUUCGGUCACGUCUCAGUCCGAGCAUGUCGGUCCACAAAUGAGUUGGACCGCACCAGGUUCCAUGCGGCACCUUGGGAAGCUAGCAGUGACUAUCAAAGUACACUGGGCCUUCUACGUCAGUGGGAAAAGGGCUUACCACCAAGCCACAAAUGGUCGCGACAGAAUCUUCGUCGCUAUAAAGCGCAAAAUCUUGACGUUGGAUUUUGCUCAGCAACCACUCCAAUCAGGCUGAGCAAUGUGCUAUUGCGCAGAACCUACUUGCCGCAAAUGACAACGGCGGCCGAGAUCGGGCUACCACUAGCGGAAACCAGCACUGAGGAGCAUCUCCCCUCAACGACAUUCUUCUUGCGAAUGGCUGAUGAGAUGUACCAGAAUGCACACGAUCUCCUUGUCCAGCUCGAGGCUUUCAUCGAGCUGAGGGCGAGCACCAACGCCACCAUUGCUGCCCCACCACCAUUCGCAUUUGCGGCCUUCGUAUGCGGAGACCUGUUCGACUAUCUGGCAAGAUGCCCACAAUUGUGCCCGAGAUACUCUAAAGAUGCACGAACUUUGGUCGAGUCUUCACUCAGGGUCCUCGACCGGCUGACAGGUUGGGUGCUCGCUAAACGGUGGGGCGAGGUACUUCGGAGAACCAUCAUUGCUCGUGUGCGAGGUCCACACAACCUUGCUGAAGCAACAGUCGAAGAUCAACGGCCGGCUUACAGUCAGAGUCCCCACCAGCAGGGAUAUCACCCGGGAUCUUAUUCAUCCCUAUACGACAAAUCUGCCCAGGACAAGCUGUCUGACUUGGCAACCAUAGCAACUUGGCGCAGCUCUCGACUUGGAGACUCGUGGUCGGCUGGUGAUGCGAUGAACUCCUCUGCUUCGCAGCCACAUCUGGCCACUGACGCUCUACUAUCGGAAGACUUUGGGCUAGACCUCAGCGCAUUCCUGGGAGGCGAAGAUCCGCUCCUCAGUUCAACCAGCUGGUCAAUGGACUAA